AUGUCGGUGACCUCGGGUGCGCCGACUCACCCUACUCAAGUGCAACUAGAAACAACCCUCCGAGUAAGCACCACCAGCCCCUCUCUUUCGGAAUCAGCAUCACCGCACGCUGCUGAGCCCCUGUCGUCCUGUUCGCAGUCAACACUACACGCGCUCUCGUUGAUCCUCUCGUUCUAUUCAUCGGUCCAACAACUCGGAGUCCUCAACCACACCCCACAUGCACCGCGCCAACUGACGAACCAGCUCAAGCUCGAGGCGGCAAAGUACGAUCAGAUUUGUGGACAGCUCGAAGCGAACAUCGUCAGUACAGCCCAGCGUGGAUGAUCCAGCUCGACUCUCCUUCAGAUACUGAAAUCCCGGGUAGCCUUCGUCUGUAGCUCCGAGCGAUCGCGACGUUGGAGAGGGACGCACUCAAAGCCGCCCAAACCGGUCAACUCGUGCUACCCCAUCCACCACAACCGACCGGCGAUGCUCCGCCAGCAGGGGAUUCUGCAUCCGGCUCGAAUACAGGCGAAACACCUGUGAUAGAUCUCACGACAGGGGAUGCAUCGAUCUCGGAGACUGAUACCAACAUGACCGACGUAGGCUUCCUUGACCUCACUGGAGACGCCUCGGCGACCAGUGCCGCCGAAACAGCCUUUGCCCUUCCCGCUGGAACCGAGUCCCAAACUACGACAGCGACAACCAGCGGCGAACAACCCUCCACAGCUCUCUCCCUCCUGGGUCUCUCCGUCCCCGCGAUUGAAAGCUCGACCGUCGAACUGGCCGACUCGCAAGACCUCUCCGCUCUGCUGGGGAGCAUCGUCACCGACGCUUCGUUCCCCUCCACGACCUUCUCGGCCGACGCGACCCUUCUCCCCUUUUCCGGGGCUGACCUGUCCUCUACGAGCGCACCAGCGGAUCUCGAUCUCAAUGCGAUGUUAACAAUGCUUUCCGGCGCGAACGCAGCCCCCGCGUCAGGUGCGGGGGGUGAAACCGACCUCGUUCUUCCGGCGUUCGAUCCGACUACAUUGAAUCUGACGACGACGGCGACGACAACGCAGCCGACGACGGCCACAACGGAGGGACAGGGUGCACAGGGAAUGGAAGUCGAUUUGGACAGUUUGGAUUUCAGCAAUAUGGACCCGGGUAGCUUGGACGAGCUGUUGAAAAGUUUGGGCGCGGGGGAACCGGCGUGA